GGGGACGCGGCGCCCUCCGCGCGGGGGCGGGGAGGAGGCCCGGGCGGGCGGCGGCUUCCGCCAUGAACCCCCGGGGCCUCUUCCAGGACUUCAACCCCAGUAAGUUCCUCAUCUACACCUGCCUGCUGCUCUUCUCCGUGCUGCUGCCCCUCCGCCUGGACGGCGUCAUCCAGUGGAGCUACUGGGCCGUCUUCGCGCCCAUAUGGCUGUGGAAGCUCAUGGUCAUCGCGGGCGCCUCUGUGGGCGCAGGUGUUUGGGCGCGCAACCCUCGCUACCGCACCGAGGGGGAGGCUUGUGUGGAGUUCAAAGCCAUGUUGAUCUCCGUGGGCAUCCACCUGCUGCUGCUCAUGUUCGAGGUCCUGGUGUGCGACAGGGUGGAGAGGGGGACCCACUUCUGGCUGCUGGUCUUCAUGCCGCUCUUCUUUGUGUCCCCCGUGUCCGUGGCCGCCUGCGUCUGGGGUUUCCGACAUGAUCGGUCGCUGGAGCUGGAGAUCCUGUGCUCUGUCAACAUCCUGCAGUUCAUCUUCAUCGCUCUGAGGCUGGACAGGAUUAUCCACUGGCCGUGGCUGGUGGUGUUCGUGCCGCUGUGGGUCCUCAUGUCCUUCCUCUGCCUGGUCGUGCUCUAUUACAUCGUCUGGUCGCUGCUCUUCCUGCGGUCCCUGGAUGUGGUUGCGGAGCAGCGUAGAACACACGUGACCAUGGCUGUGAGCUGGAUAACGAUCGUCGUGCCCCUUCUCACCUUCGAGGUCCUGCUGGCUCACAGAGUGGACGGUCACAAUACAUUCUCUUAUAUAUCCAUAUUUGUCCCCCUUUGGCUGUCACUAAUAACCUUAAUGGCCACGACAUUUAGGCGAAAGGGGGGCAAUCAUUGGUGGUUUGGUAUUCGCAGAGAUUUCUGUCAGUUUCUGCUUGAAAUUUUCCCAUUUUUAAGAGAAUACGGGAACAUUUCAUAUGACCUCCAUCAUGAAGAUAGUGAAGAUAUUGAAGAAACAUCGGUUCCAGAAGCCCCUAAAAUUGCCCCGAUGUUUGGAAAGAAGGCCAGGGUAGUUAUAACCCAGAGCCCUGGGAAAUAUGUUCCCCCACCUCCCAAGUUAAAUAUAGACAUGCCAGAUUAAACUCUGGUUCUAGGGAGGGCCCCUAAGUGGGGUGGAAACCAUACACACACAUACACACACGCAAACCCACCUUACUGUUGUCUUUGUUCCCACACCCAGAGCAGAAAACGGGGUUCCAGGCCCCUGCGUCUCAGCCUUGUUUGAGUUUGAUGUCUCUCAGCAUGCCCCAGAGAUUUCAGUAGAUAUUUUAAUACGUGGUUGUGCUGCGCGGUGUGUGUACACGUGUGGGGGAACUUGCUGUCUGGGCGGGUGCUUACAGACCUAGCUGGGAGCAGUCACUUGAGUUGUUUUAGCAAGUCCUUAAAAGGAAUAACUACACAGCUGUUUGGUUUUGUCUUUUAAGUGCUAAUAGACCUAUCAAAGGUAUUAUUUUUUUAAGUUUUUUUUUAGUACACUGCUAGUCUAAAAUUGUAUUUCGAGUUGCUCCUGUUGUGACAUAAUAGCAAAUAUAAAGACUUGUCGUUGCCACCACUUGUUUAUAAACCUCACAGUUACUUUUAGCGUUCCUGCUGUUAAAGAUAGUUCUUCUGUGGACCUUGCUGAUACUGGCCUUCAAUAUCGUAAGAGAUGAAUCUUUCUAAGGGAGUGAAUCAUGGAUAUAUAGUAUUUAUAUGAAUAUUUUUGCAAUGUAAUAUGUUUAAUUCUGGUUCUAUACAGUACAAUGUAUUAUGUUAGAGUAUUUUUUUUAAGGUUGUAUGUGAAGAUUCGUGUCUACUGCAGAUGUCCUUAAAGAUUGUUUAAAACAUGAAUAUGUACCUGGUGUGGGAUCUUAUCAAAGUAGUAGGCAUGAAUAUAAAAAAAAAAAGAAAACCUGUUGCCAUCGAGUCGAUUCCUACCCAUAGCAACCCUACGGGACAGAGUAGAACUGCCCCAUAGGGUUUCCGAGGAGCAGCUGGUGGAUUCUGACUGCCCACCUCUCUUUGAUUACCAGCCAUAUCACUUAACCAGUGUGCCCCCACGGCUCAGGCAUAAAUGUAGGGAUUGAAAAUCCCCAUGGGUCUUAGAAGCCAGAUGGUAGAUGACGCUAGCCUGGACAAUUUUAAAUUACCUCGUGGCACAGUGGUUAAGAGCUCAGCUGCUAACCAAAAAGUCGGCGGUUUGAAUCUACCAGCUGCUCCUUGAAAACCCUGUGGGGCAGUCCUACUCUGUCCUGUAGGGUCGCUAUGAGUCAGAGUUGACAUCGGGUUUCGAGGGAGGGGCUACCACCCUUUGGGAACAGGUAGCAUGCCAACAACCCUGCUCCAGUGUCAAUCAGGCCACAAAGUGACACAGUUAUUUAGCACCUUGAAUUUUUACACACAGGUAGUAGUAGUAUCUCUUGAGGAACCACCAAAAUAAGCAAAGAGUGGGUUGCCCAUUUUUUAGAAUAUUAGUUGGCUGUAGUACAGAGCAUUACUUGUCAUUUGAAAGCUAGAGAAGAGUGGCAAUAACCAAAAAUGGUAGCAGGAUCAAGUACUAUUUUGAGGUCCAACCGAACUCUGAUCCAUCAGCAAGAGGGGAAGCAGAAUGGUUCUAAGUUAUCUAAGAAACAAGAACGCAGUUUCUUUCCAUACUGGGAGUACUGUGGGAAUCAGAAGGGCAGACUCCGGGUCCUGCGAGAGCCAUGUUCUGCUGCUACGAGCGAACACUUGGAGUUGUUAGUUGUGGUCAAGUUGAUUCCAGCUGGAGGUUAAAAAGGUAUGGAUGGAAGCAAUUUUCAUACGCAGCAUUUUACAAAUUAUCUAAAUUGGACUCCAUGUGAAUUAAGUAAAUAACUAUACACUGCCCUGACUGUGGGCACACCAGUUCCGUUUAGAGAAAAAGAAAAAGGUAAACUUGAGUUCUCUGUUUUUGCCCUAAAGAUGAUAAAAAAAAAAAAAAAAAAUUUUUUUUUUUUUUUUAAA